ACACACAUACACACACACAUAUGCACACAUACGCAGAGAGAGAGGGCGAGAGACCUUCUGUUACAAUUUGUGGAGUAGUGGAUUACUUCCCAAACUGAAACACUCAUCGGGCAAAUCCAGGCAUGGUCAGGUGGCAAUGUGUCAGAGUGGUGUUGAACUAUGAGAUGAACCAUGAAGCAGUACAGGAGGCCACUCACUAGCCUUUACCAGCAGCAGUACAGCCAAAAGCAGCAGAAGCAACAGCGGUAACCCAGGAAGACCCUGAAGCAUGCAGCUGGGCCCUCACUAGCACCAAGUGGACCUGGUCCUCUCCUCUUCACCUGGGACCAGGGCUGCAGAAUGCUCAGUCCUGUCACCCCAUACAGUUUGUUAAAGAUGCACUGGUCUCCGGAGCACGCCGCCCCUUUAUCUCAGUGGCCUGAACAGCACUUAGAUGUCACCUCCACCACCUCGCCACCGUCUGCCCACAAGCACGACCCCUACGCUACAGGUCCUCGCCGAAGCUACGCCCCUACAAGUUAUCCUUGGGCCAGUGACAACAUAUCAGCCCUUAGUGCUUCUUCUCUGCUCAAGCGCUACGCUGAGAAGUACUCAGGCCUGGACCGCCCUGCUACGGGAGCUUACGCAGAGCAUGGGACUUUCUUAAAAUCAGACUCUGAGCCCUGGACUCUGGCUCAAGGCAUGGACUGUUACCCUGGACUUGAGGCACUCACUGGCACCAAGGUGGCCCCUGCCUCUGUGGGGAUCCCGACUACAGGAAGUGUAACAGUGGUGAGCAGUAAUUUGGCCCCUGAGCCAGGCUUUAGUGGUGCUGGCUCGUGCAGUGCUCCAUCAUCUCAGGAAUACCCUCCUGCUUACAACAGCACCUACUUGUCUUCAGGAUACUGCCCUCAGCCCAGUGCAGCACUCCCACCAACCCCUCUACACUCUUUGCAGGCUCCACCUACUUUAGUGUCCAACUACAGCCCUAGCCCACCUGUCUACAACUACCCCCCAGGGUGCUACCCCCAAACCAGCCUGUCCUCGGGAUACAGCCGCCCCAGUGCGUCCUACCUGCCGUCUGGGAUUAGCGCUCCCACUCCUCUGGCCCCUAGGCCUACCAUGGUGGGGGGGACUUACAACUACCCAUCUCACAGCCUUGGAGGGACGCUCGAGACAGGUGUACCUCUGAAACGCAAGGCCUUUGAAAUGACAGAGGAACGACAAGAGGGAGCAGAGGUGGAAGGAUCUCGCUAUAGAAAAUAUGGCAACGGGAACAGUCACAACAAAGCUUCCGACAACGGGCAUGGCAAUGGUUAUGAUAUGAGUGUGCCCGUCUCAGAUGCACAGUCUUUCAAAUCCGGAAAGCCCCUCAUAUCACCCCCUUACGUCAGGGCAGGGGAGUACAGCCCGCCAUCAGGCCUAGCGGGAGAGAGUGUAUCGGGGGAGCACAGCUUUCCUCAGCAGCAGAGAAUGCAGAUGAAGAUAUCUGCAUCUCACGCACACUCUGAGGACCCCACUGGAGGGCACUAACAGACCAGGUUGGCAUAUUGAAGGAUUCCCUUGCUCCUUAAAAACCACCCAGGGUUCCUAACCCUGACAGACUCGGGGAAAUAACAUUGAAUUUGUCGAUGAAACAUUUAAUUUCCCUACUACAGGACCGGUGUUUCCUGUACAUUAACGUUUUUGUUUAUCAUGUUUUCCCAAAGAUUCACAGAGGCGUUUUGCCCUGUAAGGCUGAGGUCAGUCUUAGGAGUGAGGUUGAGGCAUUCGCUACAUAGAUAUCAUUAAGACAGUCUAAAUGUACGCGUGUCUGUUUCUCUCAGGAUCCUAUUUAUUCCCUUUUCUGCUACUGUGGCAACAGCACUGCAACAUUGUUUUUGGAGUUGGUGUAAUUGUUUGUGGCCGUUAUGUAUUUAAAAGGCCUUUGACUGCAAUAUGCUCUAUCGCACCACAAAAACCAAAAAAAAAAUUAAUAAUAAAAAAAUCAUUAUGACCAAAAAGUAAAAAGAGCAAUAACUGAAGUGGUGAGAAUGCCAUACUACUUCAGCACAAUCCCGACUACACUGCUGGCUGCAAGUCUUUGUGCUUGGCUUGGCCUUGAGAAAUGAAUGUUUUCAGGUUUCAUUUCACUUUUCUUUUGUUUAGAUUUUUUUUUUAUCUCCAUGUUUAUCUUCUAUCCUGGACCUCUUGUCCUCUGAUUAAUUAUUCUCCUUGCUCACCAACUUACCAUUUUUGUCUCAUUUAUAGAUAUCAAGCUGCUUAUGCUGCGUAAUUAUGUCAUAAUAUACAUGACGCCACUCUUUUCUUGACAGGCAGUUGACCUCAGAAUCAAAAUUAUGUAUUUUUCCUGCAAUGUAUUAAUUUAGAGUUUAGUUGGAAUUAUGGAAUUAAAUGGCACUUGCCUUGUGGUCCAUGCAUCUGCCCAUGGCAAGAUGGGUGUUUGCUAGCUACACACUACUUUUGGUUGGUGUAUGUAGACAGAUGUAAAAUAGUCCCUACUGAAAACUGGCCACAGUAAAACAUUGAUGCUUGUUUUUUUAGGUGUUUUUUGUUUGUUUGUUUGUUUGUUUGUUUCUUCUUUGUUUGUUUAUUUUGAGCAUCACAAGGCCAUCGCUAUUUAGUCCUAUUAUUUAUAAUGCAGAGUUAACAACUGUUGACUCACACCUGAAGAAUCCAGACUGAUGAACAGCACUAGACAACAGAGGGAAAAAUACAUAUAUUGGAUUUGCAGGUGAACUGUCUUGUUUUUCUUUUCUUUUCUUUUCUUCUUUUUUUGAAGUAGGGAAAUACUUUAAAUAGCUUUUAUUCAUGAAAAUCCAUUGAAAAUGUAUUUAGCCUUCAUAAAGUCGCAGUAUGGGUAAAUCAAGUAUGGCUCAAUCAUCUUAAAAGCAUCUUCUUCACACAGAUAUUUCUGCUAAUCCUUAACCCAACUUUAUCUCAGACUGUACAAUGGAAAAACAUAGAUGAUUGUACAUACUGGGAAGAUGUACUCAGUGCAGGUUAGCUACAUAAAAGCUCAUUAUUGCUUCAGUGUGGCUGCACAGGCACACACGUUGCAGCAGAGGAUAUAUGCGUCUGAGCGAGUGCCUCUUAAAAGUUUUAUUCAGCUACAUACUUUGUUAAAAUUUACCUGCUUGUCGUUAGAUUUGACUUCUUUAUAUGUUUUUCUCUUUACUUUUGCCUGUCAGAAGGAUGAUUUAUCGUGUUAUUGAAUACUCAGGAAGAAUAUUGUUACCUCAGAAAGAUGAACUACGAAUGUAUGUUGAUACCUUAGGGUGUCGGUGGGGGAGCUUUAAUGGAGCAAGAUGAAAACGAUGCCAUGGCUGACACUUCAGGGAAACAAUGAACUUUUAAGGCCUUUUAAUAGUGUGAACGCACACGUGCACAUACACAUGUACAUGCGUUCACACACACACACACAAAACACUACAUGGUUUCUUAGCUCCGGGAAACUCGAGGUUUUUAUAUCAAGGCCUGAAAUGUUGAAUGUAAUUCAGAUAUUUUUUUUAAAGACAUGCCAUACGUACAUCAAUGAUGUUUGUAGAUCUAUUUUUUUUCCACGUAUAGAUGUAAGUCUCCAGUAGGUUUUGGUGGAGAAAAUAUUGGCAUGUCAAGUGUUAGUGUAGUUAGCAGUGGGGAAAAGGAAAAGCACUCCUGAUAAACACAUAUCAAGAUGUACACACACUACAGUAUAUGGUGUAUAGGCGAUAUUUUUAUUAAAUGUCUUAAUAAAGUAUCCAGUCACCAUUUCAGUAUUUUAAAACCACUUGAUUCAGCUUGAAUUUAGCCCUAACUUCAAGUUGAAUUAAGUUGAAUACCAACACUGUCAGCGCACUGGGGCUUUGCUGCUCUGCUAUGCCACUGAUUUAUGAACUGUGCCAACCUCUAAUUUUAAAAAAAAGCCUAUUAAAUGAACGAAUCAGGAAACUCUUACUUCAGUUUUGACCCUUAAGCACCUCUAAACCCAACUGGAUAGAGCCACAAGCCACCAGAGUGAAAGUGAAACUCUGGUGUCAUAAAUUGGCAGAAAUGUUCUUAAUCACAUGCGGUGAUUCACAAACAGGUGUGAUUGGUCACAACUGGCAGUUUAAAGUAGAAAUCUGUUUAAGUGGAAGCAGGAGGGCAAAUGAAACAUGAGCUUGAGAUGUCUAGGUUGUUACAAAGCUGAACUUCAAAUCUAAAGUGAAUGGAUUCCCCUUUAAUUUUACUAAUUGGAAAUUCAGUGUAAUUAAAAGCCAUUUUAGUGCUUUUUUACUAUCUUACUCAGAAUGCGGUUUAAGGGGAAAAAGUAGAAGCUCACCAGAAAAGAAAUUCAGAUUAGGAAAGCGGUGCUAAGUAAAUCAUGAUUUAUGCUUACCCCAGGUUUUUACAAGUAUUUGGUUACAACAAGUGAAUCAACACAGGAUGUGCUCUGCAUUCAAAAGACACAUUGUGGGAAGCAUUUGCCUUUUCUUUGUGUUACUCUGAUUCAGUGAAGGGGGUGGAGUCAGUGUUGGCCUUCGCAGAUGGAAAAUCAGACUUCACUGUUAUCUUUGUGAUUCACAUGUACUUUUCUUGUAUCUUGUACAUUCUCUGUAACCGUUUCUACCUCAUGUUGAAGACCUUGUACAUGGAAGUAUUUAUUUCAUGUCAUUUCACAUACCAGUUUAAAGACCAGCGUUUCAAACUGUUGACCUGUUGUAGUCUACCUCACUAGAGACUGUUGUGACAUGGAAAUGAAGAUAUUAUACCAAAAAAAAAAAAGAAAAAUAUUUGAGUUUUCUCUUUUUGUC